GUCAUGUGUGCUCCUUUCGGUUGCCAUAGCAACCCCAUUCCCCAAGCCCUCUGUCUGUCUCCUCUGGUAGGUUCCACAAUGGUACAGGCAGCAUCACGCUGCACAAUGGUUUCCAGGCAGUGAAAGAGGGUGAUUCAGCAAGCCACUCUUCUUCUUCUUCUUUUAAAAAAAAAUCCUCCCCUUCUUUUUUUAUUUUUAUGGGGGUGGGUGGUGCUUGUUAUAUGCUUACCUUUUUCUUUUCUUUUUUCAUUUUUAUAAUUUUCCUUUUUUCUCCUCACCCCUCAAUUCGUCGGGGCUUGAGUGACUUUAAGAUUGGGUUUUCUUGGAAAUCACCUGUCUAUCAUUAAUUUUAAACCAUUUCCCCACCUCCAAAGAAUCUAUUCCUUAUUACAAUUUGGAAUGUGGUUAAUGAAAAACAAGUAGGGAGGAUUUCUGGGGCAAACACUGCUGGAUCAGGAUCGUAGUUCUCAAGCACGGAAUGGCUAGCGUGAGGAACACCAACAGCAGGACCAUCUCAGAUCUUCAUUAUGGCAACUCAUGCAAGAAGCUGUUGAAUUAGAACAAUUUCCUAUAGAUGAGAAACCAUACAAGCAGUGGACAGAAUGUUUAACUGCUGGUGCCACAUAGAGCAGCAUGAAGUCUCGCGGUGCAUGGGUGCGUUGUAAAACACCACAGUGCUACCACACUCCAUGAUACCAGUCCGGUAUUUAUGAGCCUCCAUUUAUUGUACUACUGCAGUGAACCAACCUUGGAUGUGAAAAUUGCCUUUUGUCAGGGAUUCGAUAAACAAGUGGAUGUGUCAUAUAUUGCCAAACAUUACAACAUGAGCAAAAGCAAAGUUGACAACCAAUUCUAUAGUGUGGAAGUGGGAGACUCAACCUUCACAGUUCUCAAGCGCUACCAGAAUUUGAAGCCUAUUGGCUCUGGGGCUCAGGGAAUAGUUUGUGCUGCGUAUGAUGCUGUUCUUGACAGAAAUGUGGCCAUUAAGAAGCUCAGCAGACCCUUUCAGAACCAAACGCACGCCAAGAGAGCUUACCGGGAGCUGGUCCUCAUGAAGUGUGUGAACCAUAAGAACAUUAUUAGUUUAUUAAAUGUCUUCACACCCCAGAAAACAUUGGAGGAGUUCCAAGAUGUUUACUUAGUCAUGGAACUGAUGGAUGCCAACCUGUGUCAGGUGAUUCAGAUGGAAUUAGACCACGAGCGAAUGUCUUACCUGCUAUACCAAAUGUUGUGUGGCAUCAAGCAUCUUCAUUCUGCUGGAAUUAUUCACAGGGAUUUAAAACCAAGUAACAUUGUAGUCAAGUCUGAUUGUACAUUGAAAAUCCUCGACUUUGGACUGGCCAGGACGGCAGGCACGAGCUUCAUGAUGACUCCUUAUGUGGUCACACGUUAUUAUAGAGCCCCCGAGGUUAUUCUGGGAAUGGGCUACAAGGAGAACGUGGAUAUAUGGUCUGUGGGAUGCAUUAUGGGAGAAAUGGUUCGCCACAAAAUCCUCUUUCCAGGAAGGGACUAUAUUGACCAGUGGAACAAGGUAAUUGAGCAACUAGGAACACCAUGUCCGGAAUUCAUGAAGAAAUUGCAACCUACAGUAAGAAACUAUGUGGAGAAUCGGCCCAAGUAUGCAGGACUCACCUUCCCCAAGCUCUUUCCAGAUUCCCUCUUCCCAGCGGACUCUGAGCACAAUAAACUCAAAGCCAGCCAAGCCAGGGACUUAUUGUCAAAGAUGCUAGUGAUCGACCCAGCAAAAAGAAUAUCGGUGGAUGACGCCUUACAGCAUCCUUACAUCAACGUUUGGUAUGACCCUGCCGAAGUGGAGGCGCCUCCACCUCAGAUUUAUGACAAACAAUUGGAUGAAAGAGAACACACCAUUGAAGAAUGGAAAGAACUUAUCUACAAAGAAGUAAUGAAUUCAGAAGAAAAGACUAAAAACGGUGUUGUAAAAGGACAACCUUCUCCUUCAGGUGCAGCAGUGAACAGCAGUGAGAGUCUCCCUCCAUCUUCGUCCGUCAAUGACAUCUCCUCCAUGUCCACCGACCAGACCCUGGCAUCUGACACUGACAGCAGCCUGGAAGCUUCAGCAGGACCCCUGGGUUGUUGCAGGUGACUAGCCGCCUGCCUGCGAAACCCAGCGUUCUUCAGGAGAUGAUGCGAUGGAACACACACACACACACAUGCACAC